GCGAUACUGUCCUCAGCUACUGUGCGCGAUACUAUUGUCAGUUCCUCCGCUAAUAUAACUUUUAGUUCUUUCCUUUGUCUCGGUGAGGGAGUGAGAGGCCGUAGAUCAGUAGUCUAAUGAUGUUCUCCUUCGUUAUUAGUUGAAAAAAACUUUUUCGAAAGGUCUACCAACUUUUCCCUCAGUUUUCACGCUUAAUGCAAGUGUUAUAAUUUAGAAUGUUUAUAAGAGCUGUACACAUUUUAAAUAUAUUGAUUUUCUAAUGAAAUUUGGAUAAUUAUGAAACUCCCGUAUAAGAUUAUUAUCAAGUGACAAUGUUGAUAUAUUAUUGAUUUUUCAAUGGGGAAAAUUAAUGUGAAAAAUUUUAGAAAUGCAUCAAUGUACUGUACUUUGACUGAGAAUAUUUCCUAGGGUAAGUGAAAUUAUUAAGAUGAACCUCUCUGACACAUAUGGUUAUGAGCCGAACUGCACCUUGGCUGACCUAACAGCUUAUGAACUUGAUGAAUGGGACUGGUAUUCUUUACAAAACAUAACUCUAGAAGAGGAAGCCAACUUCAUGAACUGUACCUACUUACACCACAUCGUCAACAUUAACUGUUCCCACGAAGACUACUUAUGUUGGUGCGCCAAGGACGUGUACACUCACUAUUGUUCUGGUACUCCUGAAUACUACUCCUACAUCUACCGUAUUAUCGGUACGUUAUUUCAAGGUAUUAUCUUCGUUAUCGGAGUCAUCGGCAACGUUAUGGUGGUCAUCGUUGUUGCCAAAAAUAAAAAUAUGGCUACACCUACUAACUGCUACUUAGUGAGCUUGGCCAUCGCGGACUGUGCCGUCCUCAUAGCCGCGGUCCCGCAAGAAAUUGUCAGCUAUUAUCUUAUCGGCAACCACUGGAUCUGGGGCCACGUCGGCUGUGCUAUCAUGAUAUUCCUUCAAAAUUUAGGCAUUAACGCGAGUUCCCUGAGCUUAACAGCUUUUACAGUCGAGCGCUACAUCGCCAUAUGUCACCCAAUGAAAGCGCAAACAGUGUGUACAGUAGAGAGAGCCAAGAAGAUUACAUUGUUAGUGUGGGUAUUUGCAGUAUGUUACUGCUCACCCUGGCUUUAUCUGACCACUGUCAUCCCGCUGACCUACGCUGUUGACUAUCCCACACAAGAAUGUACCUUCAAGCUCUCCAGGGACCAGUAUUUCCUCUACUAUUUCUUAGACAUUAUAGUAUUUUAUGUGGUUCCUCUGCUGCUGUCUUGCGUACUCUAUUCCCUCAUAGCCCGGAUACUCUUCACUUCACAGCUACCCAAGAACCCAACAGUCAAUGGUCAUCACAACAAGAAAAGGGUCAACUCUCCUCGUGUUCAGGUGGUCAAGAUGCUGGCGGUGGUAGUGGCCAUCUUUGCUACGCUGUGGUUGCCCUACCGUACACUGCUCGUCUAUAACUCACUGCUCGCUAUGUUUGGCUACACCACCUAUAAGGACCUCUGGUAUCUUCUCUUCGCCAAGACCUGCAUUUUUAUCAACAGUCGUCUCUGUGUGCUCUCAGUAUUGCGGUGUGGGCUCCCUCAGUCCUCUCUAGUGGCUCUCAGAUGCCGGUGUGGUGCUCCCUCAGUCUCAUCUCUGUGGCUCUCAGUAUUGCGGUUGUAUGGUGCGCCCUCAGUCAUCUCUGUGGCUCUCAGUAUUACGGUUGUGGUGCUCCCUCAGUCAAUCUCUGUGGCUCUCAGUAUUACGGGUGUGGUGCUUCCCUCAGUCAUCUCUGUGGGCUCUCAGUCUUACGGCGUGGUGCUCCUCAGUCAUCUUUGUGGCUCUCAGUAA